AUGGUUUUCGCGCGCCGCCUGAGCGCGAAGAAGGCUCGCUUUACGUGCAAGAAGCUCGCCUUCCUCGAGGUGCAGCGUUUCCAGCGCGAAGAAUAUGGGCGCUGGCUGACUCGUCGGAAGCGCGCUGAGCGUGUGCUUUUCUUGCCGUCAGUCAAAGAUGAGGUUGGAGAGCUGUCGGCGGAGUCCAUGCAACGGAUUCUUCACCAGGGCUCUGCGUUCCACUUCUCCAAGCACCUCGUUGUUGAGAGGCAGGAUUCCCUGCACCACCUCCUUUUCGGCGGGGUGCUCAAUGUGAGGCGUUUGGACCCGAUUGACUUGGUACUGUUGGUUUCGGUGCUGACGAAACUUCCGUCGACAAACAAUGCUUUGCUUUCGCGUGCCCUGUUGCAAUGCGAUCUGCACUUUGAAAGCCUCUCGCUGCCUGAGGUCGCACAGGUGUCUUUCCUCAUAAGGGAGCUCCCUGAAAGCCUUAGGGAGUCUUUUAUCCGCCAAUGGCUGCCCAAAGUUGUACGUCUGUUGAGCAGGCUGAACCUCGACGGGGUGGGAGCCAACCUGAGCAGCCUGGCCAAACUCUGCUUUACGAUAUCGCAUUUUGCCCCCCAUCUUAGGCAUCCGCUAUUUGUUAUGCUCACGUCACUUGAGGUCGGUGACAUUCCGGAUCCUCAGCUGUUUUCACGUGACUGCUCGCUCGUCUGCGAGAGCAUGUCGUCGAGUGGCGUGGUGAAUUACGGUUUUCUGAAGGACGCCUGCCAUUUUUACGAGUCGCAGCUGAACAAAACGGUCGAGUCAUUGAGCGACCGUUUGCGGCGUCGUCAGGCGCUGUCGGGCCAUAAUGUGGUAUUUCAUUUAGAGGAUGGCGGCAUUGAAUCCGCUGUGGACAUCGAGCAUUUGUUGACCUUCGUGUCCACCUGUGAACGUUUCGGCUACCACAAAAAGACGCUUAUGGAAGCGUUGGAUCGCUACGUCGACUGCUGUAGCGUCGUUUUUGUCAAUGAGUGCCGGGCAGCCGAGCACUACCGGCGCCACGGAACCAGUACCUCCGAUCAGCUGCCGAGAAAAUUCGCCGAAGCAGUUCGCAGCGGACGGUACAGGCACCCAGUGAGCGGGAAACAGCAGCUGCAAAAGUUACUGAGGGACCUGCUGGCCAGCCUGUCAACUGAGAAGCACGGGUAUUGGUGUUUGGGCGCUAUCCACAGCAUCGGCACAAAAUACGUGACGCAGCGCCGCACCUUUGCCAGGUUUUUGGAUUUCGUUAUGCGCAAUAUAAACAAAGAUAUGCUGACCACGGCUGAGCAGCGCAUCCUUCGUGGGCUCUGUUCUUCGUAUCAGCCAUUCCUAUGCGAGCUGACUGCGCACCUGGGAGCACUCAUGAGGGAUAGCGCCAUCCAAGCAGCUGAGCAACCGCAAACCCAACCGCACCAUAAUUGCACCGGCGAAAUGCGUUCGGUUGACUUUUGCAACAUAGCGUCUACGGUAAACAGCUUUCGGGAAACGUGCGCGUCGUACAUCGCUGACCGCCGGCCCGAGAGCCUGACCACGUUGUUAUCGUUGUUUCCGAUUCUGGCCGCAAAGCUUCCGGAUAUCGUAUGCUGGGAUUGCGUGUGGCAGAUGCUGAACGUGAUCGCGGAGUCACGCUGCAUUGACAUGCUGCCGCUGGUUCGCUCAUUUUUGGAGGAGUCAUUUUUAGCAUUCCAACCCCUAUCGCAGGCAGCUGGCGACAUAUCAACUGUGACUGCACACCUAAUAGGGAGCGAAUGUACAACUGACGGCUAUUUGCUAUACCUGGAUAGCUGCGUUCGCAUCGUCGAGCUGCUAUCAGAAGCCGAUCUCUCUCGCGACGACGCCGACCUGAGUAUGUUCGGACACUUCUUCGAGCUGCUGACCAAAGUCGGCCACGUGUUACAACGCCACAGCGACGGGUUCGACGCCGACCGCCGCCUGGCGAUAGAACGGCUGCAUAGCCUUUUGCAGCGGUACCUCGUGAAAUUCUCGGAAGUCAAGCGGUAUCUACCGGGCGUGGAAGUGCCUAAUGCGGUGUAUGUGCAAGUUAUGGGCGGGAUUUACAGGCAGUGCGGGCUGGAUUCGACUCCCGCUGCCAUGAGUGCGGAGAAGGCUGUUGAGCUGCUUCGCUGUCUGCGCGUCGCUGAAAACACGGCAUUCAUCAGCAAAAACACCGAUUUGGUUCGACACAUCCUAUUCCAGGGCUGCCUGGUACCUUAA